AUGGCGAUCUACUAUUCAAUGACAUUUGCUCUUCUCGUGACCGAGAUGGUCUUUUUCGGCGUGCUCAUUGUGCCUUUACCUUCACAUUGGCGUCGUGCCAUGUUGAAGUUUGUCUCCACGUCACCCGUGGUGGCCAAAGCUCUUUAUGUAUUGAAGAUUAUCUUUGGCUUUAUCUUUGUUCUCUUUGUUGAUACCAUUAACCGAUUACAACGUAUUGAAGCGGAUGCUAGUGAGGAGCAGCGUCAGCAUCACGAUUACAGCUUUGAAGCCAAUUUGAAAGCCAAGAAAUUCUAUGCUCAACGCAAUCUUUACUUGACCGGUUUCACCCUUUUCUUGUCUCUCAUCUUGGAACGUACCAGCACAUUGGUGAUUGAAGUCUUGAAACGUGAGGAAGAAUUGGACAAGUACAAGAGCGAGACUGCCUCUGUAAACGCCGAUUCCCGCCGUCUAGGAGAACUUGAAGAAUCAUACAAGAAAGAAAUCCAAGAUUUGAACAACGAGAUCAGCGAAUUAAAGAGACAGGAACGUGACUUUGAGACGCUCAAGAAGCAAGUGGAGCAGCAAUCCAAAGAAUACAACCGACUGGCCGAUAAACAUAAUGAACUGGAACGUGCCGCCAGCGGACAAAAGACCGAACAACGCAAAGACAUUUAA